AUGGGACGGUUUACUGGACAUAGCAAAGCUUUGCACCAUCUGCCCAGCAAAUCAUUAAUACAUCGAGACGUCAAAACAGAUAACAUCUUGAUGUAUGGAAACUACUUUAACCUUGUAGACCUUGGAACAUCAUUUGAUUUAAGUAGGUUAAGUAACCAAAAAUACGAUGAAGCCAAGUUAACCAUACUUUCAACGAAAGAGUUGGAGCAUGAAUGCACGGGUGGAAUCUAUUUUACAAGGGAUGGAUUAGAUGCUUGUCAAGUGAGCCUUACAGACUACGCAAAUAAAAAUGUUAUACCGAAACAUGCAUUAUGGGACGGUUUACUGGAUAUGUGCAAAGCUUUGCACUAUCUGCACAGCAAAUUAUUAAUACAUCGAGACGUCAAAUCUGAUAACAUCUUGCUGUAUGGAAACUACUUUAAACUGGCAGACUUUGGAACAAUAUUUUAUUUAAAUACGGUAAGUAACCAAAAAUACGAUGGAGCUAAGUUAACCAUACUCCCCACGGGAGAGUUAGAGCAUGAAUGCACGGGUGGAAUCUAUCUUAAAAUGGAUAGAUUAGAUGCUUGUCAAAUGAGCCUUACAUACUAUGUAAUUAAAAAUGGUAUACCGAAACAUGCAUUAUGGGACGGUUUACUGGAUAUGUGCAAAGCAUUACACCAUCUGCACAGCAAAUCAUUAAUAAAUCGAGACGUCAAAGCUGAUAACAUCUUGCAAUCUUGCUGUAUGGAAAAUACUUUAAACUGGCAGAUUUUGGAACAAUAUUUUAUUUAA